AUGGCGGUGCAGCCCAAGCAGAACCUGUCCAUGGACAGCGCGUCCGAGCAUGGAUUCCUCAACUUUUAUUUCUCCAUGCCUGAAAAACCCGACACCACCGUACGGCUGUUCGAUCGCAACGACUACUACACGGUGCACGGCAAAGAUGCGGUUUUCGCAGCGAAAGAAGUUUUUAAAACUAAUGGAGUCAUCAAAAACUUAGGCUCUGGGAACAGGAAACUGGAGAGCGUGGUUCUCAGCAAAAUGAACUUCGAGUCGUUCGUACGGGACCUGCUCCUGGUGCGGCAGUACAGGGUGGAGGUGUACAGGAACAAGGGCAGCAGCAAGGAGCACGACUGGCAGCUGACGUAUAAGGCCUCUCCCGGGAAUCUGACCCAGUUUGAAGAGGUGCUGUUUGGUGGGGGCGGUGGCUCGGGGGCAGCGGCGGCAGGCGUGGUGGGCGUGCGUCUGGGCUCGGGCGACGGCGGCCAGCGGUUGGUGGGCGUGGGCUACGUGGACUCCACCCUGCGCAAAAUGGGGGUGUGCGAGUUCCCCGACAACGACCAGUUCUCCAACCUGGAGGCCCUGCUGGUGCAGAUCGGCCCCAAGGAGUGCGUGCUGCCGGCAGGGGACACUGCUGGGGACAUGGGCAAGCUCCGGCAGGUGGUGCAGCGCGGAGGCAUUCUCCUGUCAGACAGGAAGAAGGCGGAGUUCAGCACUAAGGACGUGGUGCAGGACCUGAACCGGCUGCUCAGGGCCCGCAAAGGGGAAACCGUGUCCAGCGCCGCCAUGCCUGAGAUGGAGAAACAGGUGGCCAUGUCUUCCCUGGCAGCCGUCAUCAAGUACCUGGAGCUCCUCUCGGAUGAGGCCAACUUCGGCUCCUUCCAGAUGACAACCUUUGACCUCAGCCAGUACAUGCGGCUGGACAACGCGGCCGUCCAGGCCCUGAAUCUCUUCCAGGGUUCCCCGGAUGAUGUAACGGGGGCACACUCUCUGGCUGGCCUGCUGAACAAGUGCCGUACACCUCAGGGCCAGCGCCUCGUCCACCAGUGGAUCAAACAGCCGCUCAUGGACAGGAACAAGAUCGAGGAGAGGCUGGACCUGGUGGAGAGUUUUGUGGAGGACUCGGAGCUGAGGCAGAGUUGUCAGGAGGACCUGCUGCGGCGCUUCCCGGACCUCAACCGCCUGGCCAAGAAGUUCCAGCGGCAGAGCGCCACCCUGCAGGACUGCUACCGCGUCUACCAGGCCGUGGGCCAGCUGCCGGGCCUGGAGCUGGCGCUGGAGAGAUACAGCGGAAGCCACCAGGUCCUCCUCAACGCAGUGUUCAUCUUACCUCUCAGAGACCUCAUCACCGACUUUGCUAAGUACCAAGAGAUGAUCGAGACAACGCUGGAUAUGAAUCAGAUCGAGCACCACGAGUUCCUGGUGAAGCCGUCGUUCGACCCCACGCUGAGCGAGCUCCGGGACUCCAUGGACCGCAUGGAGAAGAGCAUGCAGGCGGCUCUCAGCGGCGCGGCCCGGGAGCUGGGACUGGAGGCGGGGAAGACUGUGAAGCUGGAGUCGAACGCCCAGCUGGGCUACUUCUUCAGGGUUACCUGCAAGGAGGAGAAGAGUCUACGCAACAACAAGAAGUUCACCACCCUGGACGUGCAGAAGAACGGCGUCCGCUUCACCAACAGCAAGCUGAGCUCCCUGAAUGAGGAGUACACCAAGAGCCGAGAGGAGUACGAGGAGGCCCAGAACGCCAUCGUCAAGGAGAUCAUCAGCAUCUCCUCGGGGUACGUGGAGCCUCUGCAGACGCUGAACGAGGUGAUUGCCCAGCUGGACGCGGUGGUGAGCCUGGCCGUGGUGUCCCACUCGGCGCCCGUGCCCUAUGUGCGGCCCAGGGUGCUGGAGAAGGGCUCGGGGCGGCUGCUGCUGAGGGGGGCUCGGCACCCCUGCAUCGAGGCACAGGACGACGUGGCCUUCAUCCCCAACGAUGUUAGCUUCACCCGCGGAGAAGAGAUGUUCCACAUCAUCACCGGCCCCAACAUGGGGGGUAAGUCCACCUACAUCAGGCAGGUGGGCGUGAUUGUGCUGAUGGCGCAGUUGGGCUGCUUUGUGCCGUGCGACGAGGCCGAGAUCAGCAUGGUGGACUGCAUUCUGGCGCGUGUCGGCGCCGGAGACAGCCAGAUCAAGGGCGUGUCCACCUUCAUGGCCGAGAUGCUUGAGACCGCCGCCAUCCUCCGCUCAGCUACAGAGGACUCCCUGAUCAUUAUUGAUGAGCUGGGUCGCGGCACGUCCACGUACGAUGGGUUCGGCCUGGCGUGGGCCAUCUCUGAGUACAUCGCCACUCGCACCAAAUCCUUCUGCCUGUUCGCCACUCACUUUCACGAGCUGACCGCCCUGGCCCAACAGAUCCCCACCGUCCGAAACCUGCACGUCACUGCCCUCACCACCGACAGCACCCUCACCAUGCUCUACAGAGUCAAGAAAGGGGUGUGUGACCAGAGUUUCGGGAUCCACGUGGCGGAGUUGGCAAACUUCCCAAAGCACGUGAUCGCCAGUGCCCGGGAGAAAGCCCUGGAGCUGGAGGAGUUCCAGGACGUCGCCAGGGCGGGCGAGGAGGACAGCCCCGAAGCCAAGAGGCGCUGCUUGGAAAAACAGGAGGGGGAGAAAAUAAUAGACGCCUUCUUGGCCAAGGUGAAGGCCCUCCCGGCUGACAGCAUGUCUGACCAGACCAUCAAGGACGAGCUGAAGAAGCUGAAGGCGGAGGUGCUGGCCCGCAACAACAGCUUUGUGAAUGAUAUCAUUUCCAGAACCACAAACACUGCUCAAAAAAAACACUAAGACUAAUAUCUGCACUCCUGCCCCCAGCAGCUAUCCAGUCCAGUCCAGUCUGAUCCAGUUUACUCCAGUUCAGGCCACUCCAGUCCAGUCUGGGGCCGUGUGUAGUGUAGGUAGUGUAAAGUAUGUUUCUCGAUUCUGUUCCAUUUUAGAACAGUCAGUCUGUUUUAUAUUUCUGUUCCUUCCGGCUUUGCUGAAGUCUGUCACUCAGGAUUUGAUUAAGCCA